GUGAGGCGGAUGAGCUGCUGUGAUUGGCUGAGAUGGCCUCAGUGCGACCUCCCCUCUGUUACUGAGAACCCGGCAAGCGGGCGAACCAGUGGGGUAACUGGUCUAAAAUGGCGCUGUCUCAAGGAACAAAGAAAAAAGUUUGCUAUUAUUAUGACGGCGACGUGGGGAACUAUUACUAUGGCCAAGGUCAUCCCAUGAAACCCCACAGGAUUCGCAUGACACACAACCUCCUCCUCAACUAUGGACUGUACAGGAAAAUGGAGAUCUAUAGACCACACAAAGCCAGUGGUGAAGAGAUGACAAAGUACCACAGCGAUGACUAUAUAAAGUUCCUGAGGUCCAUCCGCCCCGACAACAUGUCUGAGUACAGCAAACAAAUGCAGAGAUUCAAUGUCGGCGAGGACUGUCCAGUUUUUGAUGGUCUAUUUGAGUUUUGCCAGCUCUCAACAGGUGGCUCCGUCGCCGGAGCGGUGAAGCUGAACAAGCAGCAGACAGACAUCGCCAUCAACUGGGCUGGUGGACUCCACCACGCCAAGAAGUCUGAGGCCUCUGGUUUCUGCUACGUCAACGACAUCGUCCUGGCCAUUCUGGAGCUGCUGAAAUACCACCAGAGGGUGCUGUACAUAGACAUUGACAUCCACCAUGGUGAUGGAGUAGAAGAGGCCUUCUACACCACAGACAGGGUCAUGACCGUUUCUUUCCACAAAUACGGGGAGUACUUCCCUGGCACUGGAGAUCUGAGGGACAUUGGAGCAGGAAAGGGAAAGUACUACGCAGUAAACUACCCUCUAAGAGACGGUAUUGAUGAUGAAUCCUAUGAAGCCAUUUUUAAACCUAUCAUGGCUAAAGUGAUGGAGAUGUACCAGCCAAGUGCUGUGGUUCUGCAGUGUGGAGCAGAUUCUCUUUCUGGAGACAGACUGGGCUGCUUCAACCUCACCAUCAAAGGCCAUGCCAAGUGUGUCGAGUACAUAAAAGGCUUCAACCUACCUCUGCUGAUGCUGGGCGGAGGUGGCUACACCAUCCGCAACGUAGCCCGUUGCUGGACCUUCGAGACGGCCGUGGCCCUGGACUCCUCCAUCCCCAACGAGUUGCCCUACAACGAUUACUUCGAAUACUUUGGGCCUGAUUUCAAGCUGCACAUCAGCCCAUCCAACAUGACCAACCAGAACACCAACGAGUACCUGGAGAAAAUCAAACAACGGCUCUUCGAAAACCUCCGCAUGCUGCCUCAUGCCCCCGGAGUCCAGAUGCAGGCGAUCCCCGAGGACGCUCCUCACGCCGACAGCGGAGACGAGGAUGAGGAAGACCCCGACAAACGCAUCUCCAUCCGUGCCCAUGACAAGAGGAUAGCCUGUGAGGAGGAGUUUUCAGACUCUGAGGACGAGGCAGAAGGGCAGGGAGGAGGCCGCAGGAAUGCAGCCAACCACAAAAAGGCAAAAAGGGUGAAGAAGGAGGAAGAGAAGGAAGGAGAGGAAAAGAAAGAAGUGAAAGAGGAAGAGAAAGAAGAGGAGAAGAUGGAUACAUCUGGACCAAAAGAGGAGAUUAAGACAACUUGAAGCGAUGCUGAAGAGGUGGAUGUUCUGUUGACGUCACCCUACAGAUUCCUGUUUACCUCGUGUAACAAGAGGAUCUUUUUGUAUUCCUGAUUUACUUUGUCCUUGCAGACAAACCUGGUUUUCAUUGUUUACGCGAGUUGGGCAGCAGGUGGAUGGGAGAUCACAUAUUUACAGGAGGUUGAACAUCAGCCUGAUCUUGUUAGCCCCACCCACCUGCCACCUAAUAAGAUGUAAAAUUCCCUCAUUCCCCUUUGAGCUGUUGUGUACAUCAGGUUUACUGUAACAAGGAAACUGUUUCCACGCUGGAAUUUCUGAUUAAAGCCUGUCUGUUGGGCUGCAGUUCUAAUAUCUUCAAGGAUGUAGAUGGUUUCACAUGCAGACUUUCCUGUUAGUUUUUUGUAACUAUUUAUGGUGCAUCAACACCCUGCCUUAGGCAAGAAGUUCCACCUUGUCGUUUAUUAAUCUGUGAAUGCAUGCUUAGAAUCAUCUCACCUUUAGCAUGUAUAUAUUUCUUAUUCUCCCCCAAAACAGUCCCUGAUUUCUGCCCAUUAAGUUAUUUUAAAUCAUGAAUACAGUCGGCUCAUCUUCCCAUAAAUAUCUGCUCUGUGAACCCGUUUCUUUCCUGUACUGUUUAUGUUGGAGUGUGUGUGAACUUUUCCAGAGGCGGAUGUUGCUGAGAAAAUGACUUAUUUUAGAGAUUUUGUAUCAUUUACAGAAAAGUAGAGCAAGUCAGUGAGUGUGGCUGUUUGGAAUUGUAUCCUUGUGAAAUGUGCAUUAUCAUAUCUUUGUCAUAAAAAAAAUAAAAAAAACAGAUUCA